AUGUCCUGCGGCGCCUCUCCUGUCCCGGGCUCUGCUGGCGUGGUCAGCUGGCGUCGUGUCCUGCUACGGAAGUGCGCGACGCGACGCCGCUACUGUGCCGAGCCAGCACUGCGCUGGCCGCUUGCCCAGCCCGCCCCGCGUCUCGCGUCGCAGCUCCGGGCCGCCAGUCGCCGACGCUUCGCCAUGGUGGCAGAACUGCUGAGCCCGCUCUCCAGCUGGAUACAGCUCACCCUCCACGACAAGGCGGACAGCCUGGAGGCGGGCGCUGGCAAGCAGCCGCCACUCUCCAAGCCGGCUGCCAUGGCCCGCAGCUGUAACAGCUGCAGCGGGCUGUGGCAGACGGUGGGCCAGGUGUACGCUCAGCUGCUGCUGGCGCUGGCCGCGGUUUCCAGUCUGCAGCAGCCGGGACCAGCCAGGAGCGCCGGGGCUCACCUCCAGUGGUACGUGCUGGUGUGGUGCCACGCGGGCGGCGCCGCCGUCAUCACGUGCUGCUACGUGCGGCUCGUCGCGUCGGGCGCGCCGGCCGACAAGCUGGGCUCCCUGCGAAGGGCGCACAGGGCGGCCGGGCAGCACGCCUUCCUCAGGGCCGCCGCCGCAGUGCUGGGGUUGGCAGCACUGGCGGAGGGCGCCCUGGAGGCGGUGGUGCACGCGGGCUGCGGCGGUGACGCGCGCUUCACACUCGCCGUGCUGAGAGCGCUCUUCACCUUCCUGCAGAUGCACUUCCUCUUCAUAGACUCCCAGCAGGUGGUGGUCGGCGGGGCGGGCGCGCUGGCGCGGCUCGGCUCUGCCCACCUCGUGGCGGCCAACCUCGCCCCUUGCAUGCUGGCUGCACUCAACGCGGCGGUGGCUGCCGUCGCCGCACCGGAGCCCACCCCGCAGGCGCAGGGAGCAGACGUCGAGGAGUGCGUUCUGAACAGCGUCUGGGGUCGCCUGUGGCAGGACGCCAGCCCCUUCCUGCAGCCCAUCGCCGUGCAGUUCAGUGUGGUGGCGGCGCUGGCGACGUACGCGAGCGCACGCCCCGCGUCGCGCCGGCCCGCGGCUUCCGCGCUGGACGCGGCCGCGGCCGCCGCCCCCGCCGCCUCCGCCGCCCCCACGUCCUCGUCGAGCGCCCCGCGGCUGCCGGUGCCCCUGCGCGGGGGCGGCCGCUGGUGCUGCUGUGGGGGCGGCGCGGCGCGCGGUCUGUGGGCCGGCCUGCCGCUGCUGUGCGCGGCCGGCGCCGCCUGCGCGCUGCGCCUGCAGCCCGCCUCCGCCGCCCCCGCGUCGGCGCCGCCCCCGGCGCUGCUGUCGGAGGGCGCGCGCGCCGCCGCGCUGUCCGGCGCGCUGGUGGCCACGGUGCUGGCCGCCACGGCCCUGCGACGCGCCCCCGUCUCCAGGCUGCACCGCCGCCUCUCCAGGUCAGCCCCGCCGUCUCGCUUAACGUGCCCUACCACCGCAUUCGAUCUUUGUUGGCAGGCUGUCCCGUAA